AUGGAGUCAUAUCUGGAACCAACUAACCUCAUGAUAGAGAAAAGUUGUAUUGCUGAAGAGGACCUAGAAGAAUCAUCUGACCCGGAUUCACAAGAACGCAUUGACGGAACUUCUUUUUAUGAAGCCACUCUCGCUGUUGAAGUGUUCGGUGCCAUCGGGUCGUUAGCUCAGUUCCGCCUCACUGGUGCUCAGAAGGAUUUUAUUGUCGUGGGUUCCGAUUCCAGUAGAAUAAUUAUCUUGGAUUACAACAAGGAGAAGAAUGUUUUUGAUAAGAUUCAUCAAGAAACGUUUGGGAAAUCUGGUUGCCGGAAAAUUGUUCCAAGUCAGUAUAUCUCUGUAGAUCCCAAAGGUAGAGCUGUUAUGAUUGGUGCUUGUGAGAAGCAGAAGCUUGUUUAUGUGUUGAAUAGAGAUAUUGCGACUAGGUUAACUAUUUCUUUGUCUCUAGAAGCUCAUAAAUUGCAUACUCUUGUUUUUUCGAUCUGUGGUGUUGAUUGUGGGUUUGAGAGUCCUAUUUUUGCUGCUAUAGAGUUGGAUUACUCUAAGGCUGAUCAGGAUUCUACUUUGAAUGUUAAGACCGGUGAAAUGUUUAGAGUAGAGAUGGUAGAUUGGACAAGAGGUGCUAUUCAAGAUGACAAUUCUGCACUAAACAUAAAACAUGUAGACCUCUCAAAUGUUCAUUACCUUAGUGGGCCAAUAAGAGUUGUGGACAAUGAAGGCCUCCCAGCCUUGCCUGGAGAUUUGCUUGCUGUUGAAAUAUGCAACUUGGGUGCUCUCCCUGGCGAUGAAUGGGGCUUUACAGCAACAUUUGACAGAGAAAACGGAGGCGGUUUCUUGACGGAUCAUUUUCCUCAUGCCACAAAAGCUAUCUGGUACUUUGAAGGGAUAUAUGCUUAUUUGCCUCGGACACUAAGAGUGAGGUUUCCAGGUAUAACACACCCUGGUAUAAUUGGAACUGCACCAUCAAUGGAACUUCUAAACAUGUGGAAUGAAAGGGAAAUAGAUGUUGAGGGAAAUGGUCUUAAGUCUCUGAAACUAUGCGAGGUUUUGCAAUCCAGACCCUUAGCAAACUUACCAACACCGAGAAACAGUCACCUCGGAAAGAUUGAAAAAAGUUUUGUAGAAUGGGAGAAGAUUGCAAGGGAAGCAGCAAGAACAGUACCUGGAAGAGAGAAUGGUGGAAAUUAUGACAUUAAGAAUCUAAGUAGAGGUUCAAAGGUAUACCUUCCUGUUUUCAUAGAAGGAGAAAAUCUCAACACUGGUGAUAUGCACUUUUCACAAGCUGAUGGUGAGGUCUCACUAUGUGGUGUAAUAGAAAUGAGUGGUUUCUUAGAACUCAAGUGUGAUAUUAUAAGGGGUGGAAUGAAAGAGUAUCUUACACCAAUGGGUCCUACUUCCCUUCAUGUGAACCCAAUAAUUGAGAUAGGCCCUGUUGAACCAAGUUUCUCAGAGUGGCUAGUGUUUGAGGGCAUUAGUGUGGAUGAACAUGAGAAGAAACACUACCUAGAUGCAACUGUUGCAUACAAAAGAGUAGUACUCAAUGCUAUUGACUACAUGCAUAAGUUUUCAUAUACCAAAAACAUGCAUUUCCACUUCUUAUGUUGA